AUGCGGCGCGCGCUCGCGACGCUAGCGCUCGUAGCGCUCGAAGCAACCGCCGAGCCCUGGCUCGACGCCGCGGUCAGCAAAAGCCACAAGAAGCGCGACCCUAUAGCGAAAAAGUACGGUCAGUGGAUCCCCGAGACGCACAUGUGGCGCAAGAGAUUAGAUUACAGAUUAGCACAAGUGAGGAGGAUCGAAAGCUCCCAGGAGCGCUGGGACGCGGCGAUGAAUCUAGCUGUGAGUGGUCUGUUGGUGAAGAACUUUACGAGUGUGGGCUAUGAGGUCGUGAAGACCCCAAGACACGUCCACGAGAAGCUGAACGCGACGCUCGUUGCGGGCUUCGAUCAACAGAGGACAGAACAUAAGGUGGACCAGAUCUCGGGGGAGGUUGCCGGUUUUGUGGAUCUCGGGAGAUUGGCGAAUGAGAUCAUGGAGGACCUGCGGCCGAUGCACGAAGAGUGGUCCCAAACGAAGCUGCGGGCGUCGAACGCGUAUGGAUUGAGGAUAUAUCGACCGGGCAACACGCUGACCAUGCACACGGACAAGCUCGAGACGCAUGUUAUCAGUGCCAUAGUCCAUGUUGAUAGGGAUGCGGAGCCGUGGCCGAUCGUGAUCGAAGGCUAUGAUGGGAGGAGUGUGGAGGUCGACCUGCAGCCGGGCGAGAUGCUCUUUUACGAGAGCGCGAAGUGCAUCCACGGGCGGCCGCGGCCGUUGGAAGGAAAAUGGUACACGUCGCUCUUCGUCCAUUAUAGACCUAUUGAUUGGAGCCUGCGCAUGGAGGACGCGCGGGCGUUGGCCGAAAAGUGGUGGGGCUCGGAAGGGUUCCACGUCCCGGACGACGGCGCCUAUGAUAGGCUGCAGCUCACGGGGACGGGCUACUACGAGCCCGACUGCGAGCACCGGUGGUGCGACCUGCCCGGCGUCGACCAUGGCGAUGCUGAGAGGCGGGCGGCGGCGCGGGGCGAGCUGUGAGGGCGCGGCGAUGGCGUCGGGGGGUCGCUAUCGAUUGAAUAA